AAAGAAAACCUGCCUCCCUAUGCCUUUAUUCGCACACCCAUCAUCUCUCCUCGCCAAAAAACACAGAACGGACAGAUGAAAAUACACGGCAAAAUAUUUAGUAUCAUCACUGGAGUGUACGCUGCUGUCAAGGGCUUUCAAUAACAUGGAGAUAUAUAAUAUUCCUGCAAUAUGGCAUAAUCCUUUCGUCAGUGUGCAUUUCUUUCCGAAAAAUGAAUUAAUCGACGUUGUCGGCAGAAAGAAAUAACGCUAUCCGGCAAGUAACUCCCUCGUUUUAUAUGGAUAUUAUGAUAAAACUAACUGUAUUUCACACAGAUGACACAUUUAUGGCUGAAACUGACAGUUCUUCCGAAAUAGACAGUCAGCUGAAGUGAAUACAACAAAGAUGAAUCUCUUAUAGAGGAGCUCCCUAGCUUGCAAAGGAUCAAGGUGAUAUUAGUAAAUUGCAGUCCGGGAGGGUUCAGCGGUGCGGAGAAGUGACGUUGACCGGAUGUGUGUAGCGGAGCGUGCCGUGUGGCUUUGACCAUGAGCCGGCUGAUGUUGGGCCGGACCCUGGAGCGGAUCUGCAAGGCUGUGCUGUUGCUCUGCCUGGUGCACUUCCUCAUCAUGAUGAUCCUCUACUUCGAUGUCUACAGCCAACGCUUCGACAUCUUCAGCCGUUUUAACAAUGGCCGUGGAGCGAACAGCUCACGAGGACCCCACCACUACUACUAUAAUUUCUCCAGCGGAAGGCCCAACACUACCUUUGCAAGCUACCUGGCCACAGCUGACCAUCUUCUGCCCAGCACCAAGCCAGAGGCCAACCACACACCGCCGACCCCUAAGCCAUUACCGCCAUGUCCAGAAGUACCUCCUGGCCUGGUGGGACGUCUCCUCAUCGAAUUCAGCUCCCAGAUAACCCUCGAGCGGGUGCAGAGAGAGAACCCUAAUGUGACAGAAGGGGGGAAAUACACUCCUCCGGACUGCCGGCCAAAACAAAAGGUGGCCAUCAUCAUCCCGUUCAGACACAGAGACAACCACCUUAAAUAUUGGCUUCACUACCUGCACCCAGUCCUGCGUAGACAGAAGAUCGGCUAUGGGAUCUUUAUCAUCAACCAGCUUGGCGAGGACACCUUCAAUCGGGCCAAGCUUCUCAAUGUUGGCUACACGGAGGCUCUUAAAGACGCAGAAUACGACUGCUUCAUUUUCAGUGACGUGGACCUGAUCCCUAUGGAUGACCGGAACCUGUACCACUGUUAUGACCAGCCCCGUCAUUUUGCCAUUGCCAUGGACAAAUUCGGCUUCAGGCUACCCUAUGCGGGGUACUUUGGAGGGGUGUCCGGCCUUAGCAAAAAACAGUUCCUCAAAAUCAAUGGCUUCCCUAAUGAGUACUGGGGUUGGGGAGGUGAAGAUGAUGACAUUUACAACAGGUAA